GUCAUCGCCGACUAUUUUUUAACGGUUGCGAAUAUACAAGCAAUGGAAUUAGCACCAUUCAGCCAGUCGCUCGUUGGCCUACACGCGUGGAACAUUCGCACGCGCGCUGCUGGCAGCUUACAAUUUUCCCGCCGCGAAUUCAAAAUCUUACGUUCCUAAUUUGAAAAACGUGUUCACUGUCCUGCCAUUGCUACUUUUAAAUAAUGCCUAAAAAGAAAUAAAGUACGGCGUGCGUAUUUAAAUUAAUAACGUUAUGCGUUAAAAUUGUGAAAUCGUGCUAAUGACAUUGCAAACUGCGAGUUGAAACAGUGAUAUUUUCUCUUCUUAACAUUCUGUUAUACUUAGUAUUUUGUGAAACUUUGAAAACUUUCAGUUUCGUGAAAUUUAAUUUCGCGGAACGCCACACCAAUAUCUUUAUGAUAGGACCAUACAUGAAGUGUCAACAUUUCUACCCCAAACAUUAUGAUUUACAAAUGGAUAUUAUGAUAAGAGUGAAGUGUUGCCAAGAAACUAAAAACCCAAAGUGACGAAGUGCCCUAUCGGUGUUUCUAGUGCCGAAUCUCACAUUGACGUGCAGUGACGAGUCCAGCAUGUCCGACAAGACGACGUCGUCGGUGGGCCCGCGGAGCUUCGAGACGAUCUCGGAGGAGGACAACGAGUCGCCCUGGGACGCGCUGCUGGGCGCCGCGCCGCCGAUACCCACUAUAAUAAAGACUAACGCUUCGAGUACGACGAUCGAGGAGGUGUCGGCGCACCCGGCGGCAGACGUGGAGGCGAGCAAGCUGUCGCGGUCCAAGAGCCUGAGCCAGCGGCGCAACAGCAGCGGGCUGCUGGCGUCCAUCCCGCGCCAGCUGCGCAACUCCCUGCGCGGCGUGCGCAGCGAGCCCUCCAGCGUCAAGGACGUGCCCACCACCAGGAACGAUAGCUCUCUCAACCUUCUGCUUAGAUACCGGCAGGCGCGGUACGCGGCGCGGCGCGUGCGCAAGCGCGUGAUCUUCAAGCACGGCGACUGCAACGUGGUGCAGUGGAACGUGGCCAAGCGCCGCCGCCGCUACCUGCAGGACAUCUUCACCACGCUGGUGGACGCGCAGUGGCGCUGGACGCUGCUCGUGUUCGCGCUCUCCUUCAUCCUCUCCUGGCUCAUGUUCGCCCUCAUCUGGUGGCUCAUCAUCUUCACGCACGGCGACAUCACCCCCCCGCCGCCCUCCCCCAACACCACCUUCGUCCCCUGCCUCAAUGGGGUCACCACCUUCACCGGCUGCUUCCUGUUCUCCGUGGAGACGCAGCACACCAUCGGCUACGGCUCCAGGACCACCAACGAGGAGUGCCCCGAGGCCAUCUUCGUCAUGUGCAUUCAGAGUAUUGUUGGCGUCUUCAUUCAAGCAUUUAUGGUUGGAAUCGUGUUCGCAAAGAUGUCUAGACCCAAAAAACGAGCUCAAACCCUGCUAUACUCCCGCCACUCCGUCAUCUGCCUGCGGGACGGCCAGCUCUGUCUCAUGUUCCGAGUGGGAGACAUGAGAAAGUCCCACAUUGUGGAAGCGCACAUAAGAGCGCAGAUUAUCCGCCGCAAGGUGGGUCUAAUAUUCGCAAAGCUGGCGCGGGCCAAAAAGCGUAACACCACUCUCCUGUUCUCUCGGAACGCGGUCCUGUGUCUCAGGGACGGGGAGUUCUGUCUGCUAUUCCGAGUCGGGGACAUUCGCAAGUCGCACAUUCUAGAGGCACACGUUCGUGCGCAAAUUAUUCGGAAGAAGGUACUGUCUUCAAAGAUCACGCGCGAGGGCGAGGUGCUGCCGUUCUACCAGCAGGAGCUGAAGGUGGGGGCGGACGGGGAGGAGGACCGGCUCAUGUUCAUCUGGCCCAUGACCAUCGUGCACAAGAUCAACGAGAAGUCCCCGCUGUAUGGGCUGUCCGCGUCGGAUAUGCUGCGGGAGCGGUUCGAGAUUGUCGUCAUGUUGGAGGGAGUGAUCGAGUCGACGGGCAUGACGACGCAGGCCCGCAGCAGCUUCCUGCCCUCGGAGAUCCUGUGGGGGCACCGCUUCGAGACCAUGGUCACCUUCAGGAAGGACACCGGUGAAUAUGAGGUGGACUACACGCGGUUCAACAACACGUACGAGGUGGACACGCCGCUGUGCUCCGCCAAGCAGCUGGACGAGCUGCGCGCCACCAUGUCCACCUCGCAGAAACUGGAUCGCAUGCUCGGCACCAUCCCGAAGACAUUCUCCAACGACACGCUGGACAUGAGCUCGGUGGACUCCAUGUCGCUCGACGAACACAUCGAGAUCAAGAUCCCCGAGGCACGCGCCCGCGAGAACAGACUUAUGGCGCAAAACAACUUCUCCAUACAACACAUCAACGAGAAGUCCAGAAACUACAGCCAUUCCCACUUAGCCGUUGAGAAUCAGGAGUUACCUCGGGUCGAGUCGAAUACUGGGAAGAAUAAUGCGAGUGGGGAUCAGAGGGUACCAGGCGAUCAUAGGGAUAGAGAGGUUCAUAGAGCGGAGGCCAAGGAGCACGGCCACAUGCAUAGAAGCCACAGCCACGCGAGCAUGAAGAAGCAUGUGCACACGCCCAACGGCGUGGGACAUGCCGUCAACGGACACGAUCACAGAGUUGAUGACAAGAACAGAAUAAAAAAGUAAAUCCCCGAGUGACAACCACCUGCCUGAAAAGCCCGUGAUUCCAAUCCUCGUGACGUCAGCACCGGACGCGGAGGUGUGAUGAGUUAGCUUUUUGAAUUAAGAACACUUAUUGGUAAGGCCACUAGGAAAAAUAGAAAAAUAAAUUGCAGUCUUGACAGCGCGUUUUUCGUACGUAGAACGGAAUAAGUAAGGCCACUAAGAAAUCAGAGAAAUAAAAGGGCCACGAAAUAUAAUUAGGUAUUGUCUUCGUCACAGGACUUUUGAAAUUGUAGAGUCAUUACAUUAGUUUUGAAUGUAGAAUUAUUUCGAUUAUAGUAGUUUAAUUGCCUUUUAAAAAGUUAGGGAUGGAUAAGAAUAAAAGGAGAUGUAAGAGAUUUGUUUGUGAAAGAAUACUUACCGUUGUAGAUGUUGAAGGAAAAAUACUAAGGAAAUAUUUCAAAGUCAAAAAUUUAUGGGAGGUAUACAAGAUAAUUUAUGGAAACGUGCCAAGUUUACGUGAUAUUAAUCGCUUAUAAUAUAUUCGCCUAAAAUUUUAAAGGCUAAAUUUGCUAAAAAUAUUAAAUGCAUAAGUUGACCAAGUGUUACUUAAUUGAAAUAUAUGUAUUUACAGGGUUGUACUUAGACCAAGUAUUUAUAAAUGUUCAUUAAUCGUAAUAAUUAGGAUUAACGAGUGACGAUGAUCGGGCAAAUAUCCAAAAACUUACAGUUCAAAUUUAGCUUUUACGACUCAUGAUUUUAUUUUCCUAAUCGUCUACUUACUUAACUUGAAAAAUAUAUUAUUCAUUGAAUUGGUAUAAUUAGAUAUAUUGAGCUUCCUAAAUAAAUAAAUAAAAUUGAGUAGGUAUUAUUAAA